UGGUACCAUCAACAAAUCAAAGUUGGUUCGUACAAGAUGAAAGCACCUUUGAUGAUCUAUUGGAGGGAUGGUCUUGAGGUCGUGAAGCAUCAAUUCGCCAACCCAGUCUUUGUGCCUUGUAUGGACUUCCAACCGUACCGGGAAUUUGAAGGCCCGGACAAUCAAAGAGCUUACAGAGAGUUUAUGAGCGCUGAUAUUACCUGGGAGAUACAGGAUAAACUUCCUCCAGGUCAUUUGUUCAUUGGCAUGAUUGGCGCUUCUGACAAGACACCUCUGACCAUUGGAACCGGAAACAAGGAGAUGCAUCCCCUGCUAAUCUUGCUUGCUAAUAUCCAUGCAGGUGUUCACAUGAAGGCAAGAUCACAUGCAUUCACUUUGGUUGCUUACCUGCCAAUACCAAAGUUCCUCGAUGUUUCAAAGCCUGUUCAUGCGAUGUUAUCUGUGUGA